AUGCGCCGUUCAAUCCUUUUCUUUGCUUCUCCUCUUGGAGCGUUGGCUGCGACUCCAUACUCAACAUGGAUGGCUGAUUCGGUCAUCUCCCGUGGUGAGGCCGCUGGAUCUGGUGUAUCUUACGAGACAGGUGUGAUCCAGAAGAGCUUCGAGAUGAUUCACAACAAAACUGGGACGGCCAAGUACCUCAAUUAUAUCACGACCCAGACAAACAAGAUGAUUUCUUCAUCUGGAGGUAUAUCCAACUAUAACUUUCCAUUAUACUCGUUGGACCCCAUUCGACAAGGCGAAUCAUUGAUUUACGUCUACGAAAAGACUGGACAGUCCAAAUACAAAACUGCGGUCGAUACCUUCCGUUCUCAAAUCAACUCGCAACCACGAACUCCAGAGGGCGCAUUCUGGCACCGAUCUACAUACCCGAACCAACAGUGGCUCGAUGGUAUUUACAUGACCGACAAUUUCUACGCUACUUAUACCGCCAAGUACAAUCCCACAAAUACAACUGCUUGGUCUGACAUACUAAAACAAUACACCCUUGCGGAGCAACAUUUACGCAACAGUACUAGCGGUCUCCUCUACCACGGCUACGAUUCCUCUCUGAAAGCAAAAUGGGCUGCGGCUCCUACGGGCCACUCCCCCGAAGUAUGGAACCGUGCGCUAGGGUGGUACGCAAUGUCUCUCGUUGACAUUCUCGAAUGGUUCCCCAAAUCCAACUCUGGGCACACUACGCUUCUAUCGUACCUGCAGCGCCUCGCACCCGCGUUGAAAACGUCCGCGGACUCUAGUUCCGGAGCAUGGUGGCUUGUCAUGUCUCAGCCUGGAAGGAGCGGUAACUAUAUCGAGUCGUCGGGAAGUUCGAUGUUCGUAUAUGCGUUGUUGAAGGGUAUUCGAUUGGGAUAUUUGGACAAGGCGACGUACUUCCCGGUUGCUGAGAAGGCGUACAAGUACAUUGUGGACAAAUUUGUGAUAGAAGAAUCCAAUGGUACAUUGGGCUUUGAGGGAACAGUAUCUGUCGGUAGUCUCAGUGGUAACGGUGAUUAUGCUUACUAUAUCUCUGUUGACAAGCGUAAGAAUGAUCUCAAGGGUGUGGGUCCAUUCAUCAUGGCCUCGUAA